AUGAAGCACAAACCAAGUUAUUGGAAAUCUACUCACUUUGCUGCCUCUGUCCAAUAUCUUAAUUUCAUUAUUGAGUGCAUCAUCUUCCCAUUGGCUUUGAUUCUAUACAUAAAUCACUACAAAAUGGAUAGAAACCUAUAUGACAAUUGGGAAUAUAAACCCAUUAUUGAAAUUCAGAAAAUAUAGGGCUCUAAAUGUCCAUCAGAUCUGGAAACUUUCUUUGACUAUAGUUACCCAGAAUCUUCCAGUGGAUGUGAUUGUGGUUUUGGCGAAGAAGAUGAGAAUGGCCAAAUUGAUUAUGAUAAACUGAAAACAGAACAUUGUUAGACAUCUGACAUUGAUGAAGGAUGCACCGAAAUAACUCCUAUAGAAUCUUAGGAUUUUAUCAUUUGGAAGGGGUAUUCCAUCUGCGGUAAAAGAUCUGAAUACACUUACAGAGAAUUAUUUUAUGAAAGGAAUUGCACUGCCAUUUGCAAUGGAGUUUGCUAAACUAAAAAUAAUCAAAAUACUUGUGGAAAUUACCAAGAUCUACUCUCCAAAGAAAAUCUAACUCAAUCUUAUUUCAAUUUCACUUUAAACUAUGGAAUAGAUGUUUGCUACGAGGAUGGAGAGUCAAUUAAUCAAUAUCCACUAUUAGAAUCAGCCUAUAAAUGUGUGAUUUAAUCAUCAGAAUAUGCUUUCAUUGAUGAGUUUGAUCAAUACAUGUUAUUUGAAGAAAAUGAAUAUCCUUAUGAGAGUUUACCAGGAUUAAAAUAUUUUAAUGAAACACCUAAAUUUGGUCUUUUUGGUGAAAAGUUUACUGAAUAUAAUUGUACUAUUAAAUAGAUUGACGUCUCUAAUUAUAGAGACAAUUACAUUCAACUUGUAUUUUUGAUUGCUCUCAUAAUGGCAGGUUGUUUGAUGGGUUUCGGAGCUAUAUUUCAUUCAGCUAUCAUCUAAAAUUUAACUAGAAAAGGAAUAUUCAAGCAUAAAAUAUAUAAAGUUACUUGGAAAUUUUAUUGUCCUACUACAUUCCUCAUUCUUCUUCACAUGGCACAUUUAGCUAUUGUAGGCACUAAAUUGGGAUUUCUUGCUCAUUUUAGAACUACUAUGCAUACUUAUAUUGAAAAUAAAUGCACCGAUUGGUCAAACAUAUUGAAUCUUGUUUUUAUGAGAGAUUUUAUUGAUGCAGAAUUGAUGCCUCUUUGCAUUCCUGAAUUAGUCUUAACGUUUGGAGCUAUGUUAUUGGAGAUUUUACAGUUGUGCUUAUUUGAUAGGAGAAUCCCUGAGACCAUUGCAUCUCCUAAUCUUAAAGGUAGAGAGAGUCCUUCAAAAUCAAACAAUUUCAUUUUGAAUUUUGGGUUUGAUAAAGAAGAAAACAUGGAAAAGCACGUUUUAGAUACUGAAAAUAUUAGAAUUAAUAAGAAGAAUGAAUAAUUAAAGUUAUAUAAUGAAUGA